AUGGUCAAGCGGGUUCGUGGAGAGUCAAGUGAACGCAAGAUGCAGCAGAUUUCCUUGUCAAACCACAUGGUGAAACGGCGAAUUAGUGAAAUGUCGGAUGACAUAAAGGAACAAAUCGUCUCCAACCAUAUGUUUGCAAUACAGCUGGAGGAGUCAAAGGACGGCUCCGGCGAUACUGGGAUCGAGGUUCCAGAAGCAUAUCCAGGAAGUAACUCCGAAUGCCAAAGGGUUCAGUGUAUGAUUCAUCGUUUUGCACUGGUGUCAAAAACCCUCCCUGAUGCCCUUUGCAAGAUCCUGGAGGCAGUGGUAAAAUGCAUCAACUUUGUGAAAGCAGGAGAUUUGAACUCUCGCCUUUUCCAGAACCUCUGUAGAGGCAUGGAUUCAGAGCAUGAAACCCUCCUCUUUUACUCCAACGUGCGAUGGCUUUCCACAG